AUGGCUGCGCCAAUACGUAAAGUUGAGAGAGAAUUGGAUAUUAAAUUAAAGAGCGAACAGGUGGAAAUAUUGCAAAGCCUUGUGGAAAAGAGGGACUGUAUGGCAGUUUUACCAACAGGGGGAGAUGAUGAUGCACAAAAUGGGAAGAAAGCAUUCCGACGGUGGUUUGGUGAGCUGGGAGAACUUAGAUCCCUGUUCCCUAGUGCUCCUUUGAUGGCUCUGAGUGCGACAUGUACACAGAAAAUACAGAGAGGAGUCAUCAAAGCCUUAGCCUUGAAUCAUCACACAUACGUGUAUAAAUUCCCUGACAAGAGGAACAUCAAGUAUAGUGUUAAAAAAGUUCCCGGUGACAUUGAUAUGGCAUGGACAUGGUUAGUGGAUGGUCUCAUGGAACUUAGAGCUUUGUUUCCAAAAACACUUAUAUACUGUAAGUCCAUUAGUGAUGUAGCGAAGAUCUAUGACUACAUAAAUGAUGAUGUGUCCAAAGAAUUUGAGUCAUUCAUUGGUAUGUUUCACUCUGAGACGGAGAGUUCUUUAAAGGAAAGAAUAUUGUUAUCUAUCAGGGAUGAGCAAAGCCUACUGAGGAUCAUCAUAUCCACAAAUGCAAUGGGUAUGGGAGUUGACUUUAAGGGUCUGUUUAACAUUGUUUUAUAUGGCCCACCUUGUUCAAUGCUCGAUCUAGUUCAAGAAAUUGGACGUGGGAGUUUAAAAAUGGCGUCAGUGGAGGUGGCCGCUUGA